AUGACCGAGCCUACAGGCUCUGAAGAUGCCUCCGUCACUUUCCACAUUAAGUCCUCUGGUGGCCAGAAAUGGACUCUUACCCUUCCGCUCACAACCACCACCCAAGAUUUGAAGGUCAAACUCGCCACUGAAGAAUACGCCAAUGUUCCGACAACUGCACAGCGCUUGAUCUACAGCGGGAAGGUCUUGAAGGAUAACGAUACACUGGCUACACAUAAUGUUAAGGAGGGCAAUACUAUGCACUUGGUCAAGAGUGCUGCCAGCAAUCAGAGACAAAACCCGGCCACCCAGUCUUCCACAGCCAAUCCUUCCUCUGCUACACCUCAAGCUACAGGCGUCCCCCAGAACUUGGCUGCUGGUACAGGGAACGACCCCCUCGCAGGCCUAACUGGAGCCAGAUAUGCCGGCUUUGCCCAACUGCCAAGCGCAAGCAUGUUCAACACUCCCCAGACCCCCGAAGAUGUAGUGCGCCAGCUAGAGGACCCGAACUUUCAGCAAAUGAUGAGAGAGGCCAUGAACAACCCGCAGUUCAUCGAUAUGAUGAUCAACGCAAAUCCCGGACUGCGCCAAAUGGGACCUCAGGCGAGACAGGUUCUACAAUCCGACUAUUUUCGGCGGCUUAUGACCGAUCCCCAGGCUCUACGAUCCAUGAUGCAAAUGCAGCAGCAGAUGGGAAUGGGAGGGCUCGGCGGCAUGGGCGGAGGCAUGGGCGGACAAGAAGCUUUCCCAGCACCUGGUGUCACCAAUACCACAGAAUCAAGAGACGGUCAGACUCGCGCUACCCAGGACGAUCAGACGCAACAGCCAUCGUCUCAACAACAAGCUCAGCAAAACCCUUUUGCAGCCUUGGGUAACAUGAAUGCCAACCCAUUUGCGAGUUUGUUUGGCGCCCCACCACCUUUCCCCACCACCCAGCAAAAUCCUUCAUCACCAGGCACUCAGACCAACUCUUCGACUACUGAUCAACAGACCCAACAGCAGCAACAGCAGCAGCAGCAGAAUCCUUUUGCAGCCUUGUUCAACCCGGCACUAUUUGGCCAGCCACAGCAAGGUGGAAACCAGAAUACCUCGCCUUCUCCGUUUGGUAACCCUUGGAUGCAAAACAAUCCGUUUCUCCAGAACCCAGAAGCAGCGAAUCAGUUUCUACAAGCCCUCGGCGGUGGUGGAGGCCCCGGAGGCCCCGGAGGCCCCGCAGGUGGUGGCUUUGGCGCAGCACAAGGAAAUGACCCUGGAAACCUUGGCAAUCUAUUUAACAUGUUUGGUGGUGGUGAACGACCGACAUCGCCACCGGAUAACCGUCCACCAGAGGAGAGAUAUGAAGUUCAGUUGCGACAAUUGAACGACAUGGGCUUUUAUGAUUUUGAUCGCAAUGUUCAGGCCCUCCGGAGAACAGGAGGCAGUGUCAAUGGGGCAAUAGAGUACCUGCUAGGUAAUCCCUGA